AUGAGGAGGCUCUCUCUGCGCCCUGAAUCCUCGAGGUCCGACAACCCUUCGUCAACGUUGGGGCUGGGAGUCGGAGCCAUCCUGGCGAUGGGGGGGUUGCUCCUCGCCACCCAAGGCCUCCCCGACGACGGAAACCCUGCGGCGAUGGAGGCGGAAGGGGGAAGGGGCGGACGUCAUGGCGGCGACGACUAUCACACCAGCCUUGCCAGUAGGACAGCAAGACGAGCAACCACAUCGACGGAACCAAACGCCACAGGUAGCGCUGCUGCUCCCGAUAGCGAGCAACACUCACCAGAGGAGACGGACGAGAACAGCACCAUCUCGCCGCCACCGGCGGCGCCAGCAGCACCACCGGACCCAGAGCCGGACAGCGGCGGUGGCGGCGGCGGCAGCGGGGGGGGGGCUCCGCCCAACGGCGACGGGGGUGGGGGGGAGGCGGAGGAGUUCCCCGCCGAAGGGAGUUACAGGUUUUACAUCCUAACCCCGGAGGAGGCGGCGGCGGAGGGAACGUCUGCCUUGGACGGUUUCGCGGGGGGGUGGGACGGCUACGAGGACGACGAAGACGACGACGAAGACGACGACAGAGGCGGCCGUCGGUUGAAGGAGCGGUACCACUUCGUGGUGAUCGGUGGCGGCACCACGGCGGACGCGGCGAUGGAGUCUAUAUUGAGGAUGCGGCCGGAGGCGGAGAUCCUGUGCCUCAGCGACGAAACGCCGUGCCCUGCGGACGACAGCGACACGCACACCGGUUCCUACGAGGCAGACUUUCGACUCCUCAAGACGGACCUAGUGGCGUCCUUCAACCAGUGGCGAAGACACCUCGCCUUCCGAAAAGAGGGUUUUGCUAACGGCGGCGGCGGCGGCGGCGGCGGCGGGACCACCACCGGGGACAGCAGGGGGGCGGACGGCGGGGAGGGGAGGUGGGCCUACGGGCUGUCCAAGGGCAAGGAGAUACGGUAUCACACCUACGAGCCGCACGAUCUGAUCAUCGAACCCGAACGGCGAUGCGUGCGACUGUUGCUGGACGGGACGGAGGUGUACUACGACAAGUGCCUCAUCGCCAACGCAGGGAAACCGCGGGAUUUCGCUCUCGGCGGCGGCGGCGGCGGCGGCGGCGGCGGCGACGACGGCGACGGCACGAGCGAGGAGGAACACGCACCGCGAGGCAGCGGCAGAAGGCUCCGGCGGAGGGAACGGGCGAAAAAGGCCGGAGAUAACGGGGGGAGGCGGGGGCGGUCGGACAAGCCGCUGGGGAUCCCUGAGAGGGAGGCCGUCGGCGGUGGGGGUAGCGGCAGCGGCGGCGGAAGCUGGCGGAGCAGGAUUAACAAGCUGACGUGCCUUCGAGACUUCGUGUCUCUGGAGCUCCUCGCGAACGACCCGUCCGUCAAGCACGUUUCUGUCCUCGGGGGAGGGUUUCUAGGGUGCCAGGUGGCGUUGGCGCUGGCGGAGCGAGGCCGGGCGACGGGGGUGGCCAUCUCCCAGGUCUAUUCAGAGAGAAAUCCCAUGGGGCACGUGCUGCCCGACUACCUGGCCGAACACCUGCGGGGGGAGCUCGCCAAGGCCGGGGUAGCUGCCGUGGCCGACACUCGUCUAGCAGACUUGAGGUACAACUCGAAAACAAAACGCUUGGAAGAACAAGAACGAGAAGGCGCGAAGCACGUCGUAGGCGGAGACGACGGGAAGGUGGGCCUGGAAACGGACUACGUCGUGGUGGCUUCCACUGACGUGGACCCUGGUGUCGAAGUGGCCAGCGACAGCGGUCUCGAGAUCGACGAGAGAAAUGGCGGGAUCGUGGUGAACGGGUUGUUCGAGGCCGUCAACGGGGUCUACGCGGCCGGUGGUGCGGCGUCGUUCUUCGACCCCAACCUGGGGAGGGGGAAGGGGAGGCGGCGCAUCGCGAGCCACGACCAUUGCGUCAACUCGGGGCUCUACGCGGGGUACAACAUGGCCGCGACCCUAACGGCUGCCGAGAACGACCACGAGCCCGCGGGUUCGUCGACGCCGUCAGCGUCGCCGUCGGCAUCGCCACGGAGAAAGGGGCCUCCCCCCGCCCCGCACCCUCGUUUCUACGACCACGUUCCGUUCUGGCGGUCUAACUUGGCGGCAUGCGGCGUCGUCAUGGAGGGGUUAGGGGACGUAGAUCCGAGCUUGCGAACGAUGGGCGUGUGGUUGGACUACGGGGAGGACAAUCGGAAAGCCAGCUACAGAAGGGGGGUCGUCUACUACAUGCGGGAUGACAAGGGUCGAAAGGUCCCCAGGAACAUGGCUCUUCAGUUUACUAUUUAUGGUACAGAGCUUGGGGCGAUUCUUAAAACACACCGUGUUCUAUAUCUGCUGGCCUGA